AUGUCACUUCGAUCGUUAGGAACACCAACCAAAAAGUACAGUCCUAGAUUACUCAAACAAAUUGAUAGGGUGAACAAGUUGAGAGGAACUCCAGAGACGAGCUACAAGUUUGAUGCUUCCAAAAUCAAAGAAGUAGAACUUUUCGUCUAUCGUCAGAAGCCUAUAGUUUUCCAGCCAGCAAAAGGGUUGAAAAGCUUCCUAAAGGACUCCUUACCUACAUUAAGGUACCACAAUCCUGAUAUACAGUUUACUGUAACAAAUAUCAAAGCCGAACUGGAAGAUGAGUUGAAGAAAAUACCAUUGAAGCUCAACAUCAAGGCUCACAACGAGAGCGAUAGCUCUAGUAUAGAAUGUGCAAACCAGCCGCCUCAUUGGAUCCUUUCAGAGUUGGUCAAACGUACAAAAGCCAGACAAAUGACAGCGGAAGAAAUCCCACUCAUAGAACGUACCUACAAAGUAAAGAAGUGGUGA